AGAGCCGCAGACGGGAGCCAUUGCGGCCGCAGCAGCAACGGCAGACGGAUGGCCCGCUCGUCGCCCCUUCCCGCCGCCAAGGCGCUCUUCGCUCGCCUUCUACUGCUUGCCACCCUGGCGGCCGUCGUCAGCUCACAGCACCAGUACUACCACGGGCAACCCUCAACCCGGGGCUCCUGCUACGACCAUUACAACCGCGCCCAGCGCUGCAUCCCCGAAUUCGUCAACGCGGCGUUCAACGUGCGCGUCGAGGCUACCAACACGUGUGGCCUGCGCGGUCCUACCAAGUACUGCCCGCAGACGGACGUGCAGGGCGCCACCAAGACCUGCGAGGUCUGCGACGCCUCCAAGCCGCACUUGGCGCACCCGGCCGACUACCUGACCGACUUCAACAACAACGACAACACGACGUGGUGGCAGAGCGAGACCAUGCUUGAGGGCAUCCAGUACCCGAACCAGGUCAACCUUACUCUCCACCUUGGACGCGCCUUCGCCAUCGUGUACAUCCGGCUAAAGUUCCACUCGAUGCGACCCGAGAGCUUCGCCAUCUACAAGCGGACGCGGCCGGACUCGCCGUGGGUGCCGUACCAGUACUACAGCUCGACCUGCAACGACACGUACGGCCUGCAGUCGAGCACGUACGCGACGCGUGACGACGAGACCCGGGCGCUGUGCACGGGCGAGUACAGCGACCUCUCCCCGCUGUCGGGAGGCAACGUGGCCUUCUCGACGCUCGAGGGCCGGCCCUCGGCCUUCCACUUCCAGGACAGCAAGCUGCUGCAGGAAUGGGUAACAGCCACUGACAUCCGCAUCGUGCUCACACGGCUCAACACGUUCGGCGACGAGAUCUUCGGCGACAAGCAGGUGCUACGCUCCUACUACUACGCCAUCGCUGACUUGGCCGUCGGAGGAAGAUGCCAGUGCAAUGGACACGCCAUGGCCUGCGAUCCGGGACCCGGCGGCGAGCGCCAGCUGCUGUGCCGCUGCGAGCACCACACGGCGGGCGACAACUGCGAGCGCUGCAUGGACCUGUACAACGACCAGGCGUGGGGCAGGGCCACCUCCACCAACGCCCACGAGUGCCAGCCGUGCAACUGCAACGGCCGGUCGCGCAAGUGCUUCUUCGACCAGGAGCUGUUCGAGCGCACGGGCCAUGGCGGCCACUGCGUCAACUGCUCGGACAACACGGACGGCCCCAACUGCGAACGCUGCCGCGAGAACUACUACCAGAACAGCGACGGCCGGUGCAUACCCUGCGAGUGCGACCCCGUCGGCUCCCGGAUGCUCCAGUGCAACAGCAAGGGCCAGUGUCCUUGCAAGCCGGGCGUCGAAGGGCACCGCUGCGACCGUUGCGCUCCAAACUUCUACGAUUUCUCUGAACAAGGCUGCAGGCUGUGCGGCUGCAGCCAGGCAGGCAGCAUGGACAGCCCGCCUUCGUGCAACCCUGGCACGGGCGUGUGCCGAUGCAAGGCCAAUGUGGAAGGACGCCAGUGCGACCGCUGCAAACCCGGGUUCUUCAACCUGCAGCGCGACAACGAGUUCGGGUGCACCCCUUGCUUCUGCUUCGGCCACUCGGCGCUGUGCCAGAGCGCGCCUGGCUACUCGCGGUACAGCCUGAUCAGCACCUUCGCCAGAGACAAGGAGCACUGGAAGGCGGCGGACAUUCACGGACGCAGCGUCAACACUCGCCACGAGUACGCCGCCCACCACUUGGCUGUGGUGGCACCCGGAAAGGAAGCCGUCUACUUUCUCGCGCCAGACCGAUACCUCGGUGACCAGCGCGCCUCGUACAACCAGAACCUGACGUUCACUCUGCGCAUCGGCGAGGAAGGCCCGCAGUCAUCGGUGGAGGACAUCGUGCUGGAAGGGGCACACGGCAGCGUCUCGCAGCACAUUUUUGGCCAGGGCAACGGGCUGCCGUCAAUACGCAACCUGGAGUACCGAUUCCGCCUGCACGAGGACCCGCGAUACGGCUGGAAUCCGACGCUCAGCUCGCGAGAGUUCAUCAGCAUCCUCUCGAACCUGACUGCCAUCCGGAUAAGGGCCACCUACGUACCACGAGGCACGGGCUUCAUCGACAACAUCCAGCUCCAGUCGGCACAGCGUUCUGCCUACGGCACUGAGGCCGCCACCUGGGUCGAGAUGUGCAACUGCCCCGAGGGAUACGUGGGCCAGUUCUGCGAGUCGUGCGCGCCGGGAUUCCGGCACGACCCGCCACGCGGCGGGAAGUUCUCGCGCUGUGUGCCCUGCAACUGCAACGGCCAUGCGCUCAUCUGCGAGCCGGACACCGGGCACUGCAUCUGCCAGCAUAACACGGCGGGCGAGUUUUGCGAGCGUUGCGCGCCGCGCUACUACGGCAACGCGCUGGCGGGCACCCCGGACGACUGCCAGCCGUGUCCGUGCCCCGACCAGGGCGCCUGCGCCGUGCUGCCCGACGAGAGCGUCGUCUGCCUCGAGUGCCCGCAGGGAUAUUCCGGGCGGAGGUGCGACCUGUGCUUCGACGGACACUACGGCGACCCGCAAGGAAACUUUGGGUCCAAGGUUCCUUGCAAGAAAUGCGAGUGCAACGACAACAUCGACCCCAACGCUGUGGCCAACUGCAACACAACGACUGGCGAGUGCCUCAAGUGCGUCUACAACACCACCGGCUUCAACUGCGAGCGCUGUUUGCCCGGACACUUCGGAGACGCGCUGUCCGUGCCCAAGGGGGACUGCAAGCCGUGCGACUGCCACCGGCUCGGCUCGACGGAGGGCUCCGAGUGUGACCCGCGCACGGGCCAGUGCGCCUGCAAGGCGAACGUGGCGGGCCGCCAGUGCGGCCAGUGCCGCGAGGGCCACUGGAACCUGCAGAGCGGCGACGGCUGCGAAGCCUGCAACUGCAACCUAGUCGGCUCGUACAACCGCACCUGCGACCAGCGCACGGGGCACUGCCACUGCCGGCCCGGCGUCACCGGAAAGCAGUGCGACCAGUGCCUGCCGUACCACUACGGCUUCUCGCCCGACGGCUGCGUGCCGUGUGACUGCGACAGCCAGGGCUCGGUGUCGCUGCAGUGCGCCCCCGAUGGCCAGUGUCAAUGUCGACCGAACGUGGAAGGCCGCCGCUGCGAGCGCUGCAAGGAGAACAAGUACAACAAGGAGGCUGGAUGCGUUGACUGUCCGACGUGCUACAACCUGGUGCAAGACACCGUGAACGAGCACCGCGACAAAGUGGCCGAGCUGGCACGCCUGCUGGACAACAUCGAGAAGAACCCGCAGAUCGUCAAGAGCGUUGACUUCGAGGAGAAGCUCGAGCAAGUGAUGACCAUUGUUAGCGGCCUGUGGAAGGACGCAAAGCAGGCAUCAGGCACCGGCGAGAGCCUGGCUGAGCGGCUGGACGAGCUCCUGCGGCGCAUCAAGAAGGUGCAGGACAUUGCGGGCAAGAUCGGCCUCGAGAUCACCCUGGCCGAGGACAUCGUGGAGGGCGCAGAGCGCAACAUGACCAGCGCUGAGGCAGUCGUCGAGCGCAUCAAGUCCACGCUGAUGCAGGCACAGAAGUACCUCGAGGACGAGGCCCAGAACGCACUCAGGCGGGCGCUCGAGCGCUCCGACCGCUACGGCCAGCAGUCAGAGAUGAUGUCGCAAAUUGCGCGCGACGCUCGCCAGCUGGCUGAUCGACACGAAAGCGACGCCCAAGAGAUUGCAAACUUGGCUGCGGAUGCACUGAACACUUCAAUGGAGGCACGUGCCAUCGCCGAAGGUGCGCUCAGCACGCAAGACAAGACAGAGAGCGAGAUAUACCUUCUCAAGAACAGGAUGCGCGAGAUCAUGGAUCUGAUGCUGCGCACCAAGAAGAUGGCCGAGGAGGCCAGGGAGGAAGUGCGCAAGGCGUACGACGAUGCCCUGCGAGUGUUGUCGGAUGCCUCGUCGGUGCAGAUGCCGGAAAUCGACACUGACGAGCUUUCCCGCAAGGCACAGGAAAUCAUUGACGAGGCUGGUCGCAUCCAAAAGGAAGCCGACGAGCUGCUGACCAAGCACGCCGCCGUCCUGGAGAGGGUGGGCCCACAACGCGAGGAGGCCGAGGAUCUCCUCUCCCAAGCACACCGCCAACAGCAGAUCACCGACGGACUGCUGGCUCAGGUGGACACGGCUUUCGCUAAAGCAAAGGAGGCGGCCGCCGAGGGUGAAAGGAUUCUUGAGGAAGCCCAGAACACGCUCAAGGUGCUCAGAGAGUUUGACGAGAACGUCAAGGCAAGCAAGGACAAAGCGUCGGCCGCGCUGCAACGUGUGCCGGAGAUCCAGGCGCUCAUCGAGGAGGCCGAGAACAAGACCCGGGAUGCCCGGGGCGCGCUCAAGGAUGCCGAGGCCGACGCGAACGCGGCCAGCGACAUCGCAAAGGAGGCACAGAGGAUCGCCGAGCAAGCGUCGAAGGAUGCGAUCAAUGUGCGUGAUGAAGCAGACAACGCUAAGACGACGGCGCGUCAGCUGGGAGACGAAGCCGAGGAGCUGGCGCGCAAGGUCGAGGACACUGAUGCACGCAUGCGCCAGUUCGAGGAGCAGGCCCGCGGGGACGAGGCACUCGCCAAGCAGGCCCUGGAAAAAGCCAACGAAGCCCGGACAGGUGCAAAGGUGGCCUCGGACAAAGUCAGAGCUGCACUUGCCACAGUCAACGAAAUCCUCAAGGCCUUAGCGAAUGUGGAUAGCGUGGACCCAGGCCGGCUCGACCAGCUGGAGCGACGCCUGAUGGAGGCUGAGCGUGAGGCAGAGAAGGCGAGGCUCGACGAGCGGCUCGAUGAGCUGCGCGCCGCGCGCCAGCAGCAGCAGGGUUGGAUGCACGACUACGAGGCACAGAUCAAGCAGCUCAAGAGGGAUGUGGCCAACGUGAAGGACAUCAGUGACUCACUGCCCGACCGCUGCUUCCGGCGCAUCAAGCUCGAGCCCUGAUUUGAUGAGACUGCACGCGGGGUGCCAGCAGCAGGAGGAGCGCAGACACCAAAGGGAGAGAAGGACGGUGGGGGGAGAGGAAGAAGCCAACCUUCACGAUGAAAUCGGUAGGACAGAGCAGGCGAGAACGACCGCCUCCGCCGACGUCGUUGGGGAAACCAGUGUAUGGUGGCGUAACGACAUCUGCAGAGGUUCUCGAUGCGCAUUAGGGAAGAGACAUUCGUAGCUCUAGGGCAUGGUCGUUUUGAAACGGACCGUAUGUGCGUCGUAUGUGGCUAUUCCUUGCUUUGCUUUUACUUAAUUUCACCGUAAAAAAAACAACUAUCACGUACAUGGACGGCAUGUUUUCGUUUCUCUGUCGCCCCCUCGAACAUGUGCAACGAAACUGUGUACUUCAACACUGUAGCUCCCUCCGUUGAUCUGUGUCAUUGUGACGGCUAAUACUGGCAAUCAUCUUAGUGCGACUGCAUAUGAUCGGCAAACUAGAAAUGCGCUCUUCAUUUCAUCCUUUCUGGGGACCAAUGGCAAACAACUUCGGCAAGCUUUAACGCGAUGUGGGAUAAAAAGUCGAAAAGGACCACGAAGUGGAUUAUUAAGUUGAGUGGUUCUUCUUAUUUUAAUUCAUAAUCGGAAAAAUAUCAUGGGCUAGCUGUGAAACAGAUAUUUGUAAACCUUGUGUCUAUAAGUUAGCGAUGACACGUCCAAGAGAGACAAGAAUCUUUGUCUACUGGUAACUUUUUUACAAGCAAAACAGCGCUCUUCAAGAGGGCUUACACAUGUAGCCUAUGCCAGCGAGAAGAGAACCCUGUCCAACGCCCAUUGUCAUUGUUGGUUACGUGGUCAAGCGAAGCAUUAGCGUCAUUAGUGCCACUGAUAUAGAAAAUGCACUCAAGUGUCCCUACUUAAUGGAAACAGCGUUUUGGAAAGAAAGGCAUUGCUGGACAAUAUACAGGCCAGAAGGAUGCCGUAAUGAUUCAGAAAUUGAGUUUUUUUUUUUUUUUUUCGGAGCAUUGCGCGAUCACAUAGCUCAAGGAAGUAAGCGGAUCCUGAUUAUGUUGUCUUCUUCGCUAAUAAUACUGGCAUGUUGUGAAAAUGUCUUACUCUAAGCAAAAAUUAUUCGCACUUAUAAUCAACGUUCGACUGGCCACGCUCCCAGCCUCGUUUAUCAAAACACCGCUGACAAAUCUGCUAUGAAUGUGGGUGGUCCAAAAUGAGUUCGUCACCUUCAAAGAUAUAUUGUAUGUCUACUUACUCUUUUAUUCCCAGGUCACAAGCAAAAAGUAAAAAAAAACCACAAGAACAAAAGAACAUGCCAUUUCGCUCAAUCAAAUGACUGCAUUUUAUAUGUGCCUCCUUCUUUACACUGUGGUGAAUGAGCCCUUCAGGUCCGUGAGGAGUAUGCAUUGUGGGCGUAUUUUUGUGAAGCAAAGCCACGGACGAGGUAGCUUAGCAUCAUGUUUCUUCUAAGUAGAGUGUAGAUCGCGCUUAAAUGAUGUGUAAGGAAGAAAAAAAAAUAACUUAUACGACCUCAAAGUGUUGCUCAGUCGUCUCAAGUCGCUUAGUGAACAAUCGACGCGAACCACGAGUCGUAUAGAGCUUCAGCCAGGCUUCCCCCCCUCCCCAUACCCUCACGUGCUAGUAUAGUGCUAACAAUCUCGAGUGGAACCAUUUUUUUUUCCGCCUCAUUUCGGAAACUGCAUGUGAAGGUUUUUUUAACUUAUUGCAGCCGUCCUCUGCGAGAGCUGCGCAUAAUCACAUUUCAAACUAUGCUUACCCUGCGCCCUGUACACGUCGCAUUCAUCGCUCGCGCGGAAUGACGCUUUCCACCGACCAAUUGACGCUGCUGCGCGCCAGAAAGGGCGCCGCUUUUACGUGUCGUGCUGCAGUAAAAACCACCACUUUGUUAUAUUACUAUCUGCUUGGGCAGGUAAGCAUCAUGUGUACAGAGUGCAAUAGUAUACUAAGAGAUUGUAGGAUGCAUCUCAUUUCCUUUUUUUGUUUGUUCUCUGCAUUUUGUGUAACCUUUUGGACAUAUUAGGAUUCUUUUUUUUUGACUUGUUACUCAAAAAAAUUAAGUCAUUGUAAGAGAUCAAAAGUACUGGUUGUUUCGAGACUGCCACUGUGCUGAAUGCCAAACUGAAACCAGUGCCAAAGAAUGUGUCCCUUAAUUAUUUUUUGUCAUGUGCAUUUAAUAAAGAGCAAUUAAACCCGU